CAUGCGUUCUUUUCGAGAAAGUGUUUUGAUGAUCUGCGAUUCAGUGCAUUACGGAGAAUGGACGUCGUGGUCUGUUUGGUCUGCGUGCAGUGUAUCCUGCGGAAGUGGAGUUCGAACUCGAUCACGCAAAUGUCUAUCUUCGUACUGCACAGGAAAAGAUCAUGAAGAAGAUACAUGCUUUUUAAUUCACUGUUCUGACGACACAAGAAAGGCGGAGAAACCCAAAGGCGAAUCGGAUGAUAACGACGAUGAUAAUGAAAACAACGAAAACGACGAAGAAGACGAAAAAGGAAAAGCUACUAGAAAGGAGAGUUUACAAAGUGAAGCUGGUGAUGACUCUGCUGACGAUGGGGAUUCUGCUGACGAUAAUGGCAACGAUACUUCCGGAGAUGAUAAAAGAAAAAAGCCACCUGAGGAUGACGAAGACAACGAAGAGGAAGACAAAGAUGAAGAAGAAGAAGAAGAAGAUGGCGACGACGACGAGGAAAAAAACAGAAAAAAACGAAGAAGAAAAAGAAAAAAGAGUAACAAUUCAGACGAUCUCAGCUCAAGCAGUUCUAGUAGUUCUAGCAGUAGCUCUGAGGAAACCUCUUCAGACUGUUCUGAUUCCGAGACUUGCGAAAAAAGCUAA